UAACAACAAAAAUAAUAAAAAAAAACGAGCAGCGCUCUGACCAGACCGACCUGUGUACCCGACUUUCUUUUCGGCGAGUUCAUCGCUCAAUAAUUUGACUUGUGUCACCAACUAACGAUUAAUUCGACCGUAAGUUUAGCGGGAGGACAUGGCCAACCCGAAGUAUGCCGACUUGCCGGGAAUCGCGUACGACCAGCCCGACCUGUACGAGACUGAUGAGCUGCCGGAAUCCGAUCAAAUCGUGACUGAAGCUUCCGUGGACCAGUCUGACAGCGUGAGCACUCUGACGAUAUCCGCGACAGACGCCUACGACAAGUUUAAGGGAUGUUUGGUGGACGCCUCUUCCGUGGACUUUACGGAGGGCAUCUCGACACCCCGCAAGAAGGGCUACAAUGUCCUCUCCGGCGAGUGGGAGAUGGCUGGAGACAAGGAACCAGAAAAUGUACAGCAGAAGUACCAGAGGCUCCAGUUUGAGGUGAAGGAACUGCUGAACGAAGUGGAGGCCCUCAAGACCGGUGCCCAGCAGGGAGACCAGUCGCUGAGCACGCUGGCGAACCCGACCUGCCUCCUGGAGCAGGCACACCUGGUGCAGAAGAUGCUCCUGGGCCUGGACCUGGACCGGACCCUGGGCUCGGACACGUUGCUCUCGCUCACCGACCCCCAGGGCGCGCUGCGCAAGACCCUGGAAUCCCAGCUGGAGCGACUGCGCCAGGGUCCAGCUCCAGCAACGCCGGCUGCGCCACAGAAGGCAGCUGCGGAACCCGCUCUCGAUCCAGUCCAGGCCACGGUCAAGAUUGCAAGCCUGGAGGAACGUCUCAAGAAACUCGAGAACCUGGUUGGCACCGACAGCCAGAGACUGUCAAUGCUCACGAGCCAUACCGACAGUAGCUGCCUGAUGGAGGUGUCCCAGCUGCUGUCCUCGCGCCUGUACCUGCUGGAGGCCCCGCACCUGGACCAGGUGGAGGCGAGGCUGUCCCUGCUGCAGCAGAAGAUGACGCAGGUUGCCGAGAAGAAGAGCGCCCUCGAGGAGCUCGACAAGGCGGGCAAGGUGAACGAGCUGUACGAACUGCUGAAGAGGUCGGAUGCCAUGGGCAGCUCGUUGACACAGGUUGUGGAGCGUCUUGUCUGCCUUCAAGAACUUCAUGAACAGGCACUCCAGUUCUCGAAGGCAGUGUCCCAGCUGGAUCAGGUGCAACAGCACCUCUCCCUGGCACUCAAAAACAAUGACAAACAUCUGACAGAGGUGCAGACUAACUUUGGCCAGAACAUUGAAACCAUCAACAAGAACAUGACUUUGCUCGAAGGAAAGAUUGCUGCUCUCAAGAAAUGACCCUGAGUGCACCUUGCAAGAUGCAAUGUAAACUUUGGACUUGGAUCAAAUACAAGAUUCAAACAGCA